AUGGCAGCCGCGGAUUUAUUACUGGGGCCUCCACCCAGCUUGGCGGACUUUCGACUUGGAGCCGGGAGGAGAGGGACAGAACAGGCGGUUGUGGGAGCCGGGAGCCCACAGGCGACAGCCUGAGGCCCCGCGAUGGCCAAGUUUCUUUCCCAGGACCAAAUUAAUGAGUACAAGGAAUGCUUCUCCCUGUAUGACAAGCAGCAGCGGGGGAAGAUAAAAGCCACUGACCUCAUGGUGGUGAUGAGGUGCCUGGGGGCCAGCCCGACACCUGGAGAGGUGCAGCGGCACCUGCAGACUCAUGGGAUCGACAGAAACGGAGAGCUGGAUUUCUCCACGUUCCUGACCAUUAUGCACACGCAAAUAAAACAAGAGGACCCAAAGAAAGAAAUCCUCUUGGCCAUGUUGAUGACAGACAAGGAGAAGAAAGGCUACAUCAUGGCGUCCGAGCUGCGGUCAAAACUCAUGACACUGGGGGAGAAGCUCACCCACAAGGAAGUGGACGAUCUUUUCAGGGAAGCAGAGAUUGAACCAAAUGGCAAAGUGAAGUAUGAUGAAUUUAUCGACAAGAUCACCAUCCCUGUGCAGGACUACUGAGCGAAGAGGAUGUGAGGGAGCCUCCCCCUGGCCCUGGAGAUGCAGAGAUGAGGAGCUUCUGAAAAGAAAAGUGUUCCGUUCCCUCUGGGGAAAUGGUGAACACGGCAGCGGGGUGACAUGACCCGACAGUACCAGAGGGUAGCUUGGCUCUGAGACUAAAGGAUCUCAGCCGUGGCAUCAGCAGGCCUUUAAUAAAAAGAUUUAUACUGAUUUUAAUAA